AUGAGCCUAGUUGAGGCAAACCCCAACAACAUCGCCGAGACGAUCGUACAGCACCCCGCCGUCGUCGCUCACAAUAUGGCCGGCACCACAAGCGGUGAUGCGACACCCCGCGCCUCGAGCCACAAUGAGCCUCAAUCGGACAACACGAAGAAGGACGUGAAGAACAAGGUGCGCGGAUUGUUCGGACUCGGCAAAAAGAAGGAAGAGUCAAAUGUCUCCAACAAGUCUUCAUCGUCUGCCAAACCUGCAACGACCGUCACCAGCAACCCCUCCUUGACACGGGAUACCUCUAGAGCUUCAGCUCGGUCUACGACAUCGCCUUACGUGCACCCUUCAUCGCCAAGCCGUGGAAUGUCUACGUCCCCGCGAGUGCCAUCCCCGGCGGGCUCCCAGAUCUUCGAGCGAGAUGUCGACAACAUGUCAAUUAAGCCUCAAUCGCCCGCCAUUCCGUCGCAUAUUCAGACCGAGAACCAUAUCCCUCCCGUUUUGGACGCAUCAUCCGAAGCCAUCACAAACGACCAUCUUGAUCCGGAUAGCGUCGAGAUUGUCACCCACUCUCAGCAUCAACCAGCUGCAGCAGCUGUCACCGGCGCCAACGGAAACGGUACACCUCACCCUCCCGAUUCCAUGGCUGCAUCAUGGACCGAUGAGCUCCGUGCAUUUGCGGAUCGCGAAGACGCUUCCAACUACAAUGCGCUCGAUAAUGCCGACGUGCGCAGGCUGAGCUUCAUCUCUUUUGCCGACGUCGUGCAAGCCGAGCAGGGCGGCCACGGCGGCGCAGCAGGUUCUCGUGAUUCCAUCCAUGUCGCUGGGCUGACGUCCCUCUCGUCCAUCAACGCCCGCUCGCCCUCACCCAUCCGAUCACCCGUCUCUUCUCAGGGACCGGGCACCUCACCGCCAACAAGCAAUCCCGCGUCCGUGAAGGGACUGGAAAUGUCCCCCGGACGCAAAUCUCUUGGCAGCCCCAUUUCGUCCCAUCACAACCUCAACAUGAGCAGCGAGCUCAAUAUUGAGACUAUGUCACAAGCGCUCAGGCGCACGGGAAGCACGGAUCUCAGCGGGGUCCGCAGCUUGCCCACGAGCCCGAUCGAGGGGCCAUCACGUUAA